AUGGCGAAGAAAAAGAACCCUAUGGUGUUUAUGGAUGUGUCUAUAGAUGGGGAUCCUGCUGAAAGAAUGGUUUUUGAGCUUUUCCAUGAUGUUGCUCCAAAGACUGCUGAAAAUUUUCGUGCACUGUGUACCGGAGAAAGAGGAGUCAGUCCUAAUACUGGAAAGUCCCUGCACUACAAGGGUUCUUUCUUCCAUCAAAUCAUAAAAGGCUCCAUUGUGAAGGGUGGUGAUUUUAUCAAUCGAAAUGGGACUGGUGGAGAAAGCAUUUACCCCAAGUUCCCAGACGAGUCUCCUAAGCUAAAGCAUGAUUCUCUAGGCAUUCUAUCUAUGGCAAUUGCUGAUCGUGACACUAUUGGUUCACAUUUUAUCAUCACUUUGAAAGCUGAUCACCAUCUGGAUAGGAAGCAUGUAGCUUUUGGCAAACUUGUGCUAGGGUAUGAUGUAUUGAAGAAAAUUGAAGAUGUGGGCGAUGAAGGACUCCCAUCCGUAACUGUUAAAAUAAUUAAUAGUGGUGAACAUAACGAGGAUGGUAAGAAGACACAGAAGUCCAAAAUUGGAAGGAAUGGAUCUUCUGAAGCCAUCAGUCAUGAAGCGCGGAGGAAGGGAAAACACAAAAAAUCUUCAGUAGACAGAAGAAAAAAGAGAAAACAUUACUCAUCAGAAUCAGACAGUUCCUCAGAUUCAGACACAGAAUCUUCAGAAAGUGACAGUGACUCUGACUCGGAUUUGUCCUCGUCAUCUUACACAAGCUCUUCUAGUGAUGACAGGCGGAAGAAGAGAAAGAGAUAUAGGAAAGAUAAACAUAGACAUGGAAAAAGAAGAGAUAAACGCCGAGAAAAGAAGCGAAGGAAAUUAGAUAAGCGAUCAAAACAUAAGUCAAAGAGGGAAUCAGACAGUCAAACUGAUGCAGAUAGUGCAAGUAAGAGUAAUGAUAGCUCCAAUGGCCAAGGUCUUGAUACUCAGAGAUAUGCCGAAGUCCAGUCAUCAUCAGUUUUGGAGAAAGAAUCAUCUCCUAUGAAUCUUAAAAAGAGGGAGGGGCUGAGCAAUGUAGAGGAUGGAGAAUUCCCAAAGGAAAAUGGAGCACAGCGUAGCAACGGCACUGGGGCCAACCAUAGAUCUGACAGAUACGAAGAGAGGCUGCCUGAUGUGAUGGAUGAUAAUCCUGGAAAAUCUAGGAGUCGAAGCAUGAGUCCUAAGCAAACCGUGAGCAAGAGUAUGAGUAUUAGUCCCAAGCGUAGGAGCAAAAUCCCAAGCAUUAGUCCAAAAGAGAGGUUGAUCCGAAGUCCAAGUGGUAGUAAAAGCCCUCAUGCUCCAUCACAGAGGAGUUUGAGCAGGAGUUCUGUUAGAAGCAUCAGCAGGAGUCUUAACAGAAGCAUUAGCAGAAGCCCUGUGAGAGGGAGGAAGGGGAGAAGUAUCAGCAGAAGCCCUGUGAGAAGUCCUGACCGCAGAAGUUUUAGCAAGAGCCCUGUGAAAUCUGUUUCUCAAAGCCGCAGGAGCAGGAGUUUUGCUAGAGUAUCAACACGAAGAACAGUCAGUAGGAGUCCUGUGAGAGUGUCAAGAAAGAGCUUCAGCAGAAGUCCAAUUAUAUCACCUGCCAGAAGUCUCAGCAGAAGUUCCGGCCGAGCUCCUUUGAGAAGCAUUAGUAGAAGUCCUGUUAGAUUGGCAGGUAGAGGGAAUCACCGCAGCUACUCAAGGAGUCGUAGCCCUGUCCGUAGGGCAAGAACACCUCGCGAGAGGAGUCUGUCAAGGAGCGUGUCACCUGAUGCUUCACCAAAACGUAUCAGGAGAGGAAGAGGUUUCAGUGAACGAUACUCUUAUGCUAGAAGGUACAGAACCCCCUCCCAGUCUCCUGUCAGGUACCGCUCCCGGUCUCCUGUCAGGUACCGCUAUAAUGGAAGGAAUGACCGUGACAGAUAUUCUGGAUACAGAAGGUACUCCCCAAGGCGUAAUAGGAGUCCACCGCCACGGAGAAGAACUCCACCAAGGUACCGGAGUAGGAGAAGCAGGACACCAUCUGUAUCACGCAGCCCACCUUACCGUUCUCGACGGUAUAGCCCAAGCCGUAGCCCGGUUCGCCAUCGUUCACCUCAUUUGAAUAGGCGCAUGUCAUCAUCCCUCAGCAGGAGUCCAUCUCGAUCCAGGUCACCUGUGGAAUCACAAUCUCCAAGGAAAGCAAGCAAAGAUAACAGAUCAGGGUCUUCGUCUAGAAGCUCGGAUGGAGGGGAUGGAGGGAAAGGCUUGGUGUCUUAUGGAAAUGGUUCUCCUGAUUCAAGCCAAAAAUGA